AUGAAGAAAUCUGUGGUACUUCUUGCUGUUCCUCUUCUCGUCAUUUGUUGCUUAAGUCAUGUGAGAUCAGAUUUGCUGGAGCAUAGGUACAAAGUUGACGAUUCAGUUCCUCUUUACAUUAACAAAGUUGGUCCUUUUCACAAUCCAAGUGAAACAUAUGGUUAUUACAGUCUUCCAUUUUGUCGACCAGAUCAUUUGGAGGGGAAGCAGGAGACUCUUGGUGAGAUAUUGAAUGGAGAUCGCCUAGUAACUGCUCCAUACAAUGUUAAAUUUCUACAGCGGAAGGAUGGAGAGGUUGCAUGUGCAAAGAAGUUGACAAGUGAAGAAGUCUCUCAAAUUCAAGCUGCAAUCAAGCAGGAUUAUUUAUUUCAGAUGUACUGUGAUGACUUGCCAAUCUGGGGAUUUGUUGGAAGGGUUGACAGUUCAUCAACAAAUGAUUCAGAGCACAAAUAUUUGCUUUACCAGCAUUUCGAAUUUGAAAUCUUUUUCAAUAAGGAUCAAAUAAUAGAGACUCAUCUGUUGAUGCGCCCUAAUGAGGCAGUGGAGUUGACUGAAGGCAGGGAAAUGGACAUAAAGCUACUGUACAGUGUGCAUUGGAUAGAAACAAACGCACAUUUCCAUGAAAGGAUGAAGAAGUAUUCAGCGGCGCGCCAUUCCACAAGACACCUUUUUUCAAUUAUAAAUUCAUGUGUGACGUUUCUGAUUCUGUUUGGAUGCCUUUUAAUUUACUAUAUGAGAGUUAUCCGGAAGGAUUUCUAUGAUUUCAUGCCUGAAGACGCAGCAGUAGACAGAGAGCAGACAGGAUGGAAGUGCAUCCGCUCUGAUGUCUUCCGGUACCCAAAGCACAGGUCUUUGUUUGCUGCAGCCCUCGGUUCUGGUGCUCAGUUGUGCAUUAUAGCCACAUUUACUUUACUACUUGGGCUUGUGGGUGUAUUUUAUCCAUUCAACCGAGGAAAUUCGUUCAUAGCAUUUAUAGUCCUGUACACCAUGACUUCUGGCUUUGCUGGAUAUUUAGCCGCCUUGUUCUACUGUCAGAUUGAGGGAAAGAAGUGGGGCAAAAAUUUGCUGCUGACGGGGUCCUUAUCUUCUGUGCCAUUGUUUCUUAUAUUCUGCUUCCUUAAUACUGUCGCGGUGUCUUACCAAGCAAAUGCAGCACUUCCUCUAGGAACAAUCUUGAUAUUACUGUUUAUUUGGAUAGCACUUGCAUUACCGUUGCUUUUUCUUGGGGGGAUAUCUGGGAAAAAGAGCCAUGGUGAGUUUCAAGCUUCUUGUGAGACCUCUAAGUGCCCCAGAGAGGUCCCGUCACUGCGAUGGUACAGGGGCACUCUUCCACAAAUGGUCCUGGCGGGUUUAUUACCUUUUUCUACUAUCUACAUUCAGCUGUAUUACAUAUUUGCCAGCUUGUGGGGUAAUAGGGUCUAUAAUUAUUAUAGCACAAUAUUUGUCAUCUUCAUUAUUCUGCUCAUCACAACUUCGUUAAUCACCGUGACUCUGACGCACUUUCAGCUAGCUGCUGAAGAUCAUCGAUGGUGGUGGAGGUCCUUUCUAUGUGGCGGAUCAGUUGGUCUGUAUGUCUAUGGUUUCUGCUUUUAUUACUACUAUUGGAGAUCGGACUUUUCCGGUUUCUUGCAACUCUCUUUCUUCUUCGGGUAUAUGGCCUGGAUCUGCUAUUGCAUCUUCCUCAUGUGUGGUUCCGUGGGGUUCUACACAUCUCUGCUGUACGUCCGGCACAUAUACAGCUCUAUCAAGAGCGACUAAGAGUGUUUAUGCUCCAACAAAGCUUCAAAGUCCCAUCACGUUCCUUCCUAUGAAUGAAAUGUCAUGAGGCGCAGUCUACUAUGUCUGGUCAGGACAUACCGUCGACUUGAUCUUCCGUCUUAGCCUUUUCUGAUACGUAUAGAUUCUGCCAGGGUUUUCCGAUGACAGAACUAAUGGAGUUAAUUAACCAUGUGCAUUAUAAUGCGUCUGUCUUCACAUCGACACAUACAUACACGCCGGCACGUAGUGACAAUGCAUACACACAAUGAUUUCCCUUCCCUUUGGGAGGCUCAGUUGCCUGUCUUCAGGGCUGUUUUUAUCGUCUGCUGAUGUAUUUAUAGUACUGAGACAAGUUCUCCUUGGUUGUCCUCCAGGUUAAAGCUGUUUAACUUCUUGAAUACA